CCUAAGCUUAUUGCCAUCAUGGUUCACUGUAUAGUCCAGUCCAUUGCCAUGAUAUUGGGUGGCAUAGCCAUGAUUCUCACGUUUGCUGUCUGUGGGAUGCCCCAUUGGAGAGUGUCUAUUGUAGCAGAAAGCAAUAGCUAUGGCAGGAGACUUGAUGGACACUGGAUAAGCCGGUGGGAUGGGCUGUGGGUAACUUGUGUGAGGCAAAGCGGCAGUUCAAUGUCUUGUCAAUCCUAUUCUGCAUCCAAUUCACUGACUCCAGAUCUGAAGAUUUCUAAAGCGCUCAUGUCCUUUGCAGUGCUGGCAGCAAUUACUGGAUUUUUGAACGGUCUUAUUGGCAUGCUGUUUAACAAGUGCUGCAAGAAGAACACGGGCAGCCAACGCUGCUUACUUCUAUUUGCCGGUAUCAGCUACAUAAUUGCUGGCAUUUUGGUGCUAAUGCCCGUGACACUUGUAGCCGUCAAUGUCAUGAGAGCCGUUUGCUUUUCUUAUUGUAAAAUUGUCCAGCAGCAGGAAAUUGGUGAGGCAGUCAUGCUCGGUUGGCCAACUGCCCUAUUGUUCUUGAUUGGAGGAUCCAUAUUUUGCUGGUACCACCCUUGUCAGUGCAGAAAUGGGAGCUGUGUCCAUAUAUCAGAUGAAUGUCAGCUACAUCCUCACCCUUGUCCAGAGGAAAAGCCUUUAGCAAGAGAACUCCGUGUGUUUAGACUUCAUUCCAGGAAAAAUGAAGACAUAAGAAUAUAA